AUGGGUAUUCUUGAAAAGAUUGCACAGAUCCAAGAGGAACUUUCGCGCACGCAAAAGAAUAAGGCCACCGAAUACCACAUUGGUCUUCUUAAGGGGAAGCUCGCCAGAUAUCGUCGAGAACUUCUCGAGCCUGCCGCCGGUGGGUCCAGUGGUGGGGGACAGGGUUUCGAAGUCGCCAAAGCUGGAGAUGCACGUGUGUCCCUUAUUGGGUUCCCGUCAGUUGGUAAAUCGUCGUUUUUGAGUAAAGUCACCAACACCAAGUCCGAGGCUGCCAGUUACGAGUUCACCACGUUGACUUCUGUCGGUGGGAUUUUGGAAUACAACGGUGCAGAGGUGCAAAUUGUCGAUUUGCCGGGGAUCAUCAAAGCCGCCGCCCAGGGUAAAGGUAGAGGGAGACAGGUUAUUGCCGUGUCGAGAACGAGUGAUUUGAUCUUGAUGGUUCUUGAUGCUACCAAGGCCGAAGACCAACGAACAAUUUUGGAGAAUGAAUUGGAAAGCAUGGGCAUCAGAUUGAACAAGACCAGACCUAACGUCUCGAUCAAAUUGAAAAAAACAGGUGGGAUCAAGAUGAACUCAAUCACCCCUCCCAAGUAUUUGGAUGAAAAGAUUGUCACUGCGUUGUUAAAAGACUGCAAGAUCCACAACGCCGAUGUGUUGGUGAGAGACGAGAACGUCACUGUUGACGACUUCAUCGAUGUCAUGAAUGAACAGCACAUCAGUUAUAUCAAGUGUUUGUAUGUGUACAACAAGAUCGAUGCUGUGUCGUUGGAAGAAUGUGACAGAUUGGCCCGUCAACCAAACACCUGCGUGAUGUCAUGUGAGUUGGAUUUGGGUAUUGAAGAUUUAAAAGAGGAAAUAUGGAGACAGUUGGAUUUGCUCAGGAUAUAUACCAAGAGAAGAGGGGUCCAACCACAAUUUGACGACCCUAUGGUUGUACGGAAUAACUCGAGUAUAUUGGAAGUGUGUGAUUCUAUUCAUCGAGAUAUGAAGAACCAGUUCAAGUAUGCAUUGGUUUGGGGGUCAAGUGCUAAGCAUUCACCACAAAAGUGUGGAUUGAGUCAACCGGUACACGAUGAAGAUGUAGUGCAGAUUGUUACCAAGUAG